GCUGUUGUGCACGUCGUCUAUAUUUGCGACAAGUCACUUACAUAUAUCUGAAACUAUGGACAUCAGCCAACGCAAUAUAGCGGACAAAUUGGCGAAAACUGGACCCCCGACAGUGGAUGGUGCAGAAAGUGAAGAAGACAAGCCUCAGGACACAGUGGACAUGGAGAAAUUGAAGAAGUUCAGGCGCCGACAGCCCGAGGGGUAUGCCUUGUUUAUUGGAGUGGUGUGCUUCCUCUUUGUUAUAUUCAUGGCUUUUUUAGGGGGCGGUUUAGGCUGGAAUACAUCUCAGCACGACAAACUUCAUUCCAGAAACAAACUCAGUAUUGGAGAACGAUUGCGCUUCAACAGCAUCAACGGUGAAUUUCAUCUUGGAUAUCCUGAGCGUCCAGAUGACCCGUCUCUUUCUGGAGUCUUGACAUCAGGGAGACAGACUAGUGGGUUUGCUGCGCCUUGUAGCGACUACAGUGGCUCUGGUAACUGCAUUGAAUGGCCAGGUCAGGUCAGGUUUUUAAUAGAAACAGACACCGAGACGGACUCUGAUUUAAUAUGUCAUACUUUGAGCUGGCAACCUUUGUCACAGAGUUUUAUUCCCAGAGACUGUUUCUCUAUUGGACAUGCGCACUGGUACGGCGGAGCACAAGUAUCUAACCAAAGAUGGCCGAUUGAAACCGGAAGUCAGUACGACGACUUUCCGUUUCUUCCCGGAGGAGAUCAAAAGGGCUAUGACGAGUCUUUAAUGGAGAGGUACUGGCUCUCUUCCAAUGGCGUCGCUAUAAAAGCAGACGACAGCAUCCCGCUACACGUGGCUUGGAACUGGCACGGUGACGGAAACAUGUGCCUCAUAUCAAACUACUCAGGUCCAUACAGAGCGAUGGACGGUGUCUUUCCUCUGUUAAAAUAUCAUAUCUGUCAAUCCAAUGAUUUAAUGUCCGUACAUAUCGCCAUGGCCGCUAAGUUCUUCGCUAAGCCUCGAAACAUUCCGGACAACCAUAUGCUGAUAAGUCCUAUCUGGUCCACGUGGGCUAAAUACCACGAGAAGAUCAACCGCACUAAACUUCUAUACAUGGCUGACGAGAUUGAGUCUGAGGGUUACACACAUAGCCAAAUUGAGAUCGACGAUAUGUACUCUAGCUCGUACGGGGCAUUCGAUUUCGAUGAGGAUGAUUUCCCCAACGCUACGGAGAUGAUCAACAUGCUCAAGUCAAGAGGAUUUCGAAUCACUACCUGGAUUACCCCAUUCGCCAAUGUCGAGUCGCCAAUAUUCAUGGAGGGCAUGGAGAAGAAAUACUGGGUGGAGGACGUAUCUGGGACAGUCCCCGCACUGCUGAAAUGGUGGGACGGGGUAGCAGCUAUUUUAGACGUGACUAAUCCACAUGCAAGGAAAUGGUUCACAGACCGUUUGAAGACCUUCAAAACUAAUUAUGACAUAGACUCAUUUAAAUUCGAUGCUGGCUCUUCUGUUCUACUUCCAUCAACGUACAAAUUGUAUAAACCGGUCAACAACACAGCUUACUUCACCACCAUGUUUGUGGACAUGUGCGCUGAGUUAGGACCAAUGGUAGAAGUGCGUGUGGGAUACCGGAAUCAGCACCAGCCUAUCUUCUUCCGCCUACAGGACAUGGACUCUAAAUGGGGUUACGAUAACGGACUGAAAAGCCUCAUUCCCAGAGUGUUGUACUUCGGUUUAGUGGGCUAUCCAUUUGUAUUACCCGACAUGAUUGGUGGAAAUGCCUACCAGGAGCAUCCAGACAGAGAACUUUUCAUUCGUUGGAUGCAGAUUUCUGCGUUUUUACCGUCGUGGCAAUUUUCUAUCACACCCGGCGAGUAUGACAAUGCUACUGUGCAGAUUUCGAAGAACUUGAUGAAUCUUAGAGAGACUUUCCUCAAAGCUCACAUCCUGAAGUAUGCCAAGGAAGCAGUGGAGACGGGUAUGCCGGUUGUGCGACCACUAUGGUGGAUUUCUCCGAGAGACACCACCGCCCAGACCAUUGACUCACAGUUUCUGUUAGGAGCUGACAUAAUGGUGGCCCCUGUAGUUGAUAAAGGAGUUACGUCACGUGACGUAUACAUCCCAGCUGGUAAGUGGCGUGAUGAGAAGAACAAGGAAGUGAUCGAAGGGGCCAAGUGGCUGCGAAACUACUCAGUUCCGCUAGAGCAAAUAGCCUAUUUUGUUCGACAAGAAAGCUAAAAAACCCUUCAUCCAAAUACUGUUCA